AUGGUCGUGGGGCCGAAGCACGAGAUGAGCUCCACGCGCUUCACGAGGGGGCAGCCGGGAAGGAUGAACCGCUCGAGGGUCUCGUUGUGGAUGAUGACCCAGUUGAGGAAGAGUGAGUUGAGGUGCUUGAAUCGGACCACUGACUCGGCCGGGUUGAAGUUCAGGCGGCAGUUGGUUAGGGAUAGGGAUCUGAGGGAGUCGGAUUCGAGGACAGCUGGAGGAAGGUCGAAAAAGGAAUACCGUCCCGAAUUCAGUGUGAUAUUGAGAGAAAACGUGGUUGGGCCGCCGCACGGGCCAGAGAACACGUCCUGGAUGUAUUCUUCCAUGAAGGAAACGUGUUCGGCCUGGAGAAUCUCGACGGAAAAUUGGGUUAUGCGGAGAUGCGCUGCAUAA